AUGGCCUCCCCACAGAAGAUCCGCACCCCCAUCACCGAGAUGUUCGGCAUCAAGCACCCCGUGCUUCUGGCCGGCAUGAACGUCGCGGCUGGCCCCAAGCUCGCCGCCGCCGUCACCAACGCCGGCGGUCUUGGUGUCAUUGGCGGUGUCGGCUACACGCCCGACAUGCUCAGGGAGCAGAUUGCCGAGCUCAAGGAGCACCUCGACGACAAGAACGGCCCAUUUGGCGUCGACCUGCUUCUCCCCCAGGUCGGCGGCUCGGCCCGCAAGACCAACUACGACUACACAAAGGGCAAGCUCAACGAGCUCACCGACAUUGUCAUUGAGUCGGGCGCCAAGGUCUUCGUCUCGGCCGUCGGCGUGCCCACCAAGGAGGUCGUCGAGAAGCUGCACAAGAACGGCGUGCUCUACAUGAACAUGAUCGGCCACGUCAAGCACGUCCAAAAGUGCCUCGACCUCGGCGUCGACAUCAUCUGCGCCCAGGGCGGCGAGGGUGGUGGCCACACCGGUGAUAUCCCCACCACCGUCCUCAUCCCCGCCGUCGUCGAGAAGUGCAAGAACGCCAAGUCGCCCGUGACUGGCGGACCCGUCCAGGUCGUCGCCGCCGGCGGCAUCCACAACGGCCAGCUCCUCGCCGCGUCGCUCAUGAUGGGCGCCGGCGCCGUCUGGGUCGGCACCCGCUUCAUCCUCACCGACGAGGCCGGCGCGCCCAAGUCGCACAAGGACGCCGUCCGCACCGCCGGGCACGACGACAACGUCCGCACCAUCAUCUUCACCGGACGCCCCAUGCGCGUCCGCAACAACGACUACAUCAACGACUGGGAGACCAAUCGCACCGCCGAGAUGAAGGAGCUCGCCGCCAAGGGUGUGAUCCCCUACGAGGCCGACCUUGACAAGGUCAUGGGCGGCGAUGACGACGCCAAGAAGACUAGCUUGACCGACAACAGCACCGAGGACGACGACGAGGACGACCCUCUCGAGAAGUUCCGCCCCUUCCUCAUGGGCAAGUGCGCCGCUGUCGUCAACGAGCAAAAGCCGGCACGCGCCGUGGUGGACGAGUUUGUCGACGAUGCUGUAGCCUGGAUGCAAAAGGGCAGCAAGAUGAUUGCCAAGCUGUAA